GCACGCGACAGCCGUUGUUCCCUAGCGUCACUCUCGGUGUGCGCGUGAAAAGGAGCAGGCGGGUAGGAAAAAUGGCGGACGAAAGUGAGGAUCAGUGGUUAUAUGGAGAUUCGACCGACGGCAAGGAAUACACGCCGACUAACGUUCAAUUGGAGGUUCAGCAGAAUGACUCGAUACUCGCCGAGACUCAAGAGAACUCGCACCCUCCGGAGGAUCAGAAGGUGGAGGGUGCUGAUGAAACGCCGUCCGAGAUGCAAGAGGUCACCGACUCCCUCGGCGGUGGUGACGAAGAAUCCUCCUCGUUGAAUAACGCGCAGGAAGAGAACGCGGACGCGAACAAAAAUGGCACGAGGGACGCUUCUAGUCAGGAGGACGGCGAGGCGGCCAGCGACUCCGAUUCCGAUGACGACGUACACGUUGUUAUCGGUGAUAUCAAAUCAACGCCGGCGUACGGCAAUUUAAAUAUUAAGAGAGGCGGACUGCUGACCAACACGACCGGUGUAUCGGACAAGCUCAGCAAGCAGUCGGGAAAGUUCAGUAUAGAUGAAUUCGAGACGAUCGGCGUUAUCAACGGGAUACCGGCCCACGAGUUUAAUUUGGAUCAAAUGGAGGAUAAGCCGUGGAGACAGCCUGGCGCGGAUAUCACGGACUAUUUCAAUUAUGGCUUCAACGAGGACACCUGGAGAGCGUAUUGCGAACGCCAGAAGCGGAUGCGAAGCGAAUCUGGCGUGGGAUUGAUCUUGAACGCGGGCGGCGGCGGCGGCAAUCCGGGUGGUAUGCGGAUGCCUCAGGUGGCGAUAACCAACGACAACAGCAAGUACUCCGGCAUUAUGGGUCCUAAGAGGGCAGGCCCGCCGCCCGGAAGGAAAAUGGCAGGGACUAUUGACGUUAUAGGAAGCUCUGGCUUAGCCUCCAGAAGAAAUCUAGAUAAAUCCCCACCAAAGGGAAACGUUAUACAGGUCAUGACUGCCGACAGGAGGGAGUAUUCGAGAAAGCCUGGUUUUCCAGACAUGAGUGUACCACCUCCCGGAGCAGGAAUGCCGCCACCGCCGUUUGAUAUGCCUCCGCCGGGAUACGCUGGAGAACCGACGCCGUUCUACAUGCCGGAAGCCGACCCAUAUUAUCAGAGUUACGAACCCACGCAGGACAACCAGUGGGGCAAUGAUCCCACAUGGCAGCCGACAAAUCUGGCGAUCCCGAUGACUGAAGGUGAAGACGACAAAGACAUGGGACCUAAGACGAUACCUACGAUGGUUCCACCCACAUCCAUUCCUCCUUUAAUGCAGCGCGAUCAGAGGGAGGGCAGAGACCGGGAGCGAGACAGGGACAGAGAUCGGGAUCGAGAAUUGGAUUCUAUGAGUAGAGAUAGGGACAAGGACAGAGACCGCGAUCGUGAUAGGGAGAAGGAUUCCAUGAUGAGGGACCGCGAUAGAGACAGGGACUCUUCUAUGACGCGAGAUGAGGAUCGAGAGCGCGAUAGAUCCAGGUCUCAGUAUCGACAUAAAGACCGACAUCGGCAUCGAUCAAGGUCACGAUCUCGCAGGCACAAGUCGAGAUCGCGAAGUCCCAGUCGGCGUAAGAAGAAAUCUAGACGCUCGGAUAGAGAGCGUUCCAAGGAAGAAAGUGAAUAAACAUAUGCACGCGUAAAACCUUACUGUGUUAAUUUACAAUGUCGGAAGGCAUCUUUAGAAUCAAGCGACAAGAUUUAAUAUUCCCAUUGUUAUCGAGAAGAAUGCACGUAUCGGUAAAGUUAUUCACGAAGCUAAUUGUAAGAUAUAGAAAUUAUUAAGUGUCAUAUACAAGAAAUAAAGUGUAUAUCGAUUCUCGCGGGAGUUACAAAUGAUGUAAUUUUGGACACGAGUAAGUUAUUAAUGCAAACAAUAAAGGCUGGCUGAAUUUAUAGAUUGAGGGGAGAUCACAGAUAGGAAAGAUAAAAAUCCUACGUUGUGUUAUGUUUAAAAUCUGUCUUUUAGAAGCAAGAUAUUGUUUAUUUUGUUGUCGUGUCCUAGCACAAUGUGAAAUUCUGUUAUUUCAUCAUUUAAUUUCCGCGUGCAAAUGCGAUCGAAGAAGAGAAUAUGAUGAAGCUAUAUUUUAAAGAGAUUUUUAUACUCUGUCAAUGCGGAAGUUAAGGCAAGACCGCCGAGCUUUGGGUUGAAAUUAGAUUUAAAUAAUAUCGCUCGAAAAUAUUAAUAAAAUCAGAGUUAAAUAGAA